AUGACUCAGCGCGCGCUUUGGAGGCCAGUCCCCAAGCUCUCGGGAAGCUUGGAUGCUUUGCGAGGUCCAGCGGUGACAGAGUUGCCAGUGGAGACAGCACUGCAGCGAUGGCGGGCAGGUGCCUUGGAGGAGGUGCGCGAUUCUGUCCUCGUCGCUGCUGCGGGUGCCGUGGGCCUCGCAGUUGUCGAGCCGGCGAAGGCCAAGACGCCCGAGACCAAACAGCAGGUCUUCGUUUGGGGUCGUCACAGUGCUAUCCCUGGUGGGUCCCAAAGCGACGUGCUGUGGCCCCAACGCAUCGAGUGGCCCGGGUUCGAGCAGAAUCCCAAGGGGUGGAAGAAAAUCGCAUUUGGCCCCGAUUUUGGGGGUGCCAUCGAUGCGCAGGGACAGCUGUACGUCUGGGGUAGCUUCGGAGCGCACUCUGUAGGUCCCGUGCGGGUGGAGAUCCAGGGUGCAGGACGAGGGCAAGGCUUAGAGGACGUUCAAUUCUCGGCCAAGAAGAUGUUCGCCCUGACGCGCCGGGGCGACGCGCUGAGCUUCGAUGACUUCCUCAACGUCCUGCAAGAGCGCGUGGCGCCCAAGGCAGCCCUUCGGAAGGCUCAAGAGAACUUGCAAAAGGCUAGCGAAGAAGAGAAAGCUCAGUUCGAAGCUGCUUUGAAGGAAGCAGAGCUGGCCGCCAGCCACGAUGUUUCCGACAGAGCGCUGAAGCUGAAGGCCAAGGUAGUGUCUGGGUUGCCCCGGGCAGGUUGGUUUGGUUGGCUGCAAGGCUACCGAGGCUGUGUGCAAUCGAUGAGCAUCGGCAUGGAGCACGGCUGCUUUGUGACGCACCAGGGGCAGUUGUACUGCGCCUUUUGGCCGCCCAGAUCGGUGGGCGGCAAUGAGUACGGCCAAUGUGGCAUGGCCCCGCCGAAGCAAAGAGGCCCCAUGGGUGCCUUAGAGGAGCGCCGGCGAGUGGAGGUAGAUCCCCCUGUGCGAGUGGAGUUUCCGCGCACGGCUGCGCCCAUCAAAAGGGUGGAGGUGGGCGGCCGCCAUACCUUUGCGCAAGAUGCCAAAGGACGCAGCUAUUCCUUCGGAGACGACCGUCGCAUCCAACUGGCAUUGGGAGACACGCGCACUGGUGGUCAAGAUGAACGCCAUGCCUAUGGUGUUUUGAAUCAGGAUGGCCCAAAGAAUGUCAAGGGCGACAUCCAACGUGCGGUGAGCUAUCGCUACUAUGAUCCUCACAUGCAGACGAAACCUGUGCAACAGGUGGCUCCUCUUGCGAUAAAUCGCCCCGAGUCCCCCCCCGCCUCAUUCUUCUCUUGCGGGGAGGAUUUCACGGUGGCAAUUUUCAGAGAUAGUCCUGAUUGGUAUGCCGCGUCGCACACCACCAACGUGGCCUUUGCCUGUGGUGAGAACGGCUCCGGGCAGUGCGGACGCAGCAUGCACCAACAACAGCAGGUCUGGUCACAGGUGCGUUUGCCAAAGCACAGCCGUGUGGAUCAGUUGCGCUGUGGCCAGGCUCAUUGUUUGGCCUUGAUGAAGGAUGGCCGACUCUUCGCCUGGGGAAGCAAUCCUCAAGGACAAGUGGGCAAUGGAAAACGCUCUUUGGUCUCGAGACCAAUUGUCAUCACCCAACGUCCUGAACUUCCAAGUGCUUUGGCACAGUUGGCAGACAACGACAUGCCCCAAACCGUGCCUUGGCCCACGAAAGACCAGAGAUGUCUGCCAUGA